UUUUAGUACUAGGAGCUGGGGCAAGUGGAGCAAUCACUGGAGACUGUCUGCUCAUCACAGGGGCAGCACCACCAACUUCAGAGAAACUGUGCUUCAGUCUUCACAGACACCGCCCUAUGAUUUCUCAGGCCGACUAGCGAAGGGCAGCCAGAGAGGGUGGAAGCCACUCUUUUUCUCUACAUGAGAGGUGCUGAAGGACUGCAAUGUAAAGAAAGUCACAGAGAUUGCACCUGGUAUUUUCACCCAAUAAGAUGGCCUCGGAAACAUUCAGUACUUACGAAGAAAACACUGAUGACCACGAUUUUCAAUAUGAUGGCAGCCUGGGGAUCUCAGAGCUUUUGCAGGAGAAAAUAUAUAGUGAGGAGCUGCAGAGCUUGUUUCCUGAGGGGUACAACUAUGAGGAAAUGUUGCGGGAUGUGAUGGACCUUGAGAGGUCUGAAGGAAUCAUCCCCUGGGAAGAGAGUGCCAGUGAAGAUAUCAUGGUCUUUCUGAAGCAGUUCCCUGACCAGAGAAAGGAGAUAGAGAAGUGUAUCCAGUGCCUUAAGGAUAUGGCAGACAGCAUUGAUGAGACCCAUAAGAACUGCACCAUUGCCAACAUGGCCGCGAACUCCACAAGCCUGGCGUCCGGCAUCUUGACCAUCCUUGGGCUGACCUUAGCACCACUGACGGCAGGGGGGAGUUUGGCUCUCAUGGCAACUGGGAUUGGCCUAGGGGCGGCAGCAGCAGCUACCAGCAUUUCUGUAAGCAUAUAUGAGAACGUCAGCAAUUUGAAGGAAAGGAGCAAAGCCAACGACCUGCUGGUGGAAUGCCAAAGCAACCUGAAAACACUGUCCCUCCCCGACGAAGUGGAUUUCAGACCCAAAUUCUCUCCAAAGAGCGAGGCCAUGGUCGAACACCUGAAACCCGUCCUUUCCACCGCUAGUAAAAUUCCAGGGGUAGUAUACAAAAGCGUUAAGGGGAUAAGAACCAACGUAAGAGCAUUCAAAGUGGUGAAAGCUAACCCUGGUUUGAAGGCCUUAGCAAAACGGCUCACCGCGGCUGGGAGUGCAGCCCGAAACUCAGCAAAGGGGACCAAGCAAGUGCAAAAAGUGUUAGGUGGGACCACCCUUGCCAUGUCCAAAGGUGCGAGGGUGUUCGGUGCCACAGCAGCAGGAGUUUUUGUCUUGUUUGAUGCCUACAGUCUCGUGAAAGACUCCAUCCAUUUAACUGAGGGGGCAAAGGCGGAGGCUGCAGCAGAUAUAAGAGAAAAAGCUAGCUACCUUGAAAAGGACCUUCAGAAUCUCAGCGAGCUGUAUGAGGAGCUGAAAGGCAUGGUGUACCAAUAGAUGAGAUACAAGUUCCCAUUUCCAGCACUGGGCCAGGAGAGGAACCGAGCCACAAGGGGAGGGGAGAUCAUGGUAGGACGUCAAAGCCCCCAAAAGCGACACAUGAUGCCAACUAAUAAGGAGAUCCCAGCUCCACUUUGACCAAAAGCAUCAAACAAUCUGAACAGUUCAAAGAGACUGAUACGGUAAUUCAGUGAAAGGAUCGGGAGAUGUCGUGCAUUUUGUUUGUACAGGACCUGGGACACCGUGAAUCCCCCUGCUAGGAGUUUACCCUGUUUUGCCUGUGCUUAAGAGAAAGUAACAAUAUCCUGUACGCAUGUGUGAGAGAUCUGCUCAGGAGUGAAAUUACAAGAGCAGUACCUGCUUUUCAGAUGAACUUGUAAAGCAUUAAACUUCUUCUUCCUUUC